AUUGUUUUUCGUGCCAAGGGAAUGCCAGUUCAGGUUCAGCAUGUGGCCUUGUGCAGAAAUGUGCAAAGAGAGGUAGUGCACCAUCCUUCCUGUUACUGAAGCCUUACCUAAGACUUGGACCUGUGCUGAGAAAAUCUUGAAAAUAAGAGUCAGAACCAGAAUAUUUCAACAAACCACUCCAGGAUUCCAACUGCGGUCUGGAACACAAGAUCUCAGACAAUAAAAGGCUACAAAGGAUUAUGCUGAUAUAGCCAUCUGCAGCACUAGGAUAUAACUGUAAAGGCACUUCCUUGGUCUUCCGCUGUCUGCAAGGAUGGACGACCCAUAUCAAAACAAUGUGUACCAGCAGGGCAACGAGGGGAUGGGGGACAAUACCUACCCUACUUAUGGGCAAGGGGAGGGGGGCCAGGACGGUUACGGUUACCAGACAGACUACCCCCCUCAGGAGGAGGACGCAGCCAGCGAUGUCACCGAAGGCCACGAUGAGGACGACCAGAUGUAUGAGGGGGAGUACCAGGGCAUCCCCCACCCGGAUGAGAUCAAGGCGGCCCAGAGGGCGGCACGGGCGGCCGCGCGGGAAAAGGCAAGGGCCGCCGCCACUGGCGUCAGCGAGGAGGAGGAGCUGGCGGACCAGUACGAGUCCAUCAUGGAGGACUGUGGCCACGGGCGCUUUCAGUGGACCCUGUUCGUGGUGACCGGCCUCGCCCUCAUGGCGGAUGGCGUGGAGUGCUUCGUGGUGGGGUUCGCGCUGCCCAGCGCCGAGAAGGAUAUGUGCUUAUCCAAUGCCAACAAAGGCAUGCUGGGUUUGAUAGUGUACGUGGGAAUGAUGGUGGGAGCAUUUGUGUGGGGUGGCCUGGCGGAUAAGGUUGGUCGAAGGCAGUGUCUGAUCAUCGCGCUGGCCAUCCACUGUGUCUUUGCCUUCCUCUCCUCCUUCGCCCAGGGCUAUGGCUUCUUCCUCUUUUUCAGACUCUGUUCUGGCAUCGGUAUUGGAGGCACCGUUCCCAUUGUCUUCUCGUACUUCUCUGAGUUCCUUACCAUGGACAAGAGGGGCGAGCACCUGAGCUGGCUGUGCAUGUUCUGGAUGAUGGGGGGGCUCUAUGCUUCCUUUACUGCCUGGGGCAUCAUUCCUCACUAUGGCUGGGGCUUCAGCAUGGGCACCGAGCUCCAGGUCCACAGCUGGCGGAUAUUUGUGCUGGUGUGCGCUCUGCCAGGCAUUGCAUCCCUCGUGGGCCUGAUCUUCAUGCCUGAGAGUCCGCGCUUCCUCUUGGAGAACGCAAAGCAUGACGAGGCCUGGAUGAUCUUGAAGCAGGUGCAUGACACCAACUGGAGGGCAAAGGGUGAGCCAGAAAGAGUGUUCACAGUCUCCCAGAUAAAGACACCAAAGCAGGAGGAUGAGUUCAUUGAGAUCCAAAGCUCCACAGGAACUGCUUUUCAGCGAUGGAUGGUCAGAACUAUGACUUUGAUCAAGCAGGUGCUGCAGAACGUGCUGUCCCUUGUGUCACCCAGUCUGCGACUCACCAGCCUGUUCAUGGCCAUCGUAUGGUUUACCCUGGCCUUCAGUUACUAUGGGCUGUCGGUGUGGUUCCCUGACAUGGUCAAGUACCUGCAGUACGAGGAGUACGAGUCCAAAGUGAAGCUCUUCCAUCGGGAGAGGGUCGAGCAUUUCCACUUCAACUUCUCUCUGGAGAACCAGGUCCACAAAGAGGGAGAAUACAUCAAUGACAAGUUCACCAACAUAGAGAUAAAGUCUGUCAAGUUUGAGGAUUCACUGUUUGAAAACUGUUACUUUGAGGACAUCAGGUCUACUCAGACCUUCUUCGAGAACUGCACCAUCAAGGACACAAUCUUCUACAACACAGACUUGUGGGAGGAGAAGUUCAUUGACUGUAGACUGGAGAAUACUACGUUCCUACACCCUAAAAAGGGCUGCCACCUAAAUUUCCAGCAGGAGAACGAUAUACUCAUAUACCUUGUCAGCUUCCUGGGGAACCUGGCCGUGUUGCCAGGCAACAUCGUAUCAGCCCUUUUCAUGGACAGGAUGGGAAGGACCCAAAUUAUUGGCGGCUCCAUGCUCAUCUCUGCCGGCUGCACUUUCUUCCUGUUCCUCAGCUUCAGCCAGGCCGCCAUCAUCGCCUGGCAGUGCCUCUUCUGUGGCACCAGCGCGGCGGCCUGGAACGGCAUUGAGGUCGUCACAGCGGAACUGUACCCAACAUCCAAAAGAGCCACGGCAUUCGGAGUCCUAAACGCCCUAUGCAAGCUGGCCGCCAUCCUGAGCGGCUCUAUCUUCUCCUCGUUUGUGGGCAUCACCAAAAUCAUCCCCAUCCUGAUGGCCUUCUCCGCGCUAGUGUGCGGAGGGCUGCUGGCCCUCAAGCUGCCCGAGACCCGCGACAAGCUGCUCAUGUGAAAAGCCAAACAAAAGGUCAAAGGUCAACAGUCCGGGACAGGUACCGCACAGCUGAUCGAGCAGAGCUGGGAGAGUGACUGACACAUG